CAAUAAUUCAGUGCUAGGAGAUAUGUACGGAAUAGAGAAGUUUCGCAGGCGUUCCACAGCAGACAAACGCACCAGUCGAUCUGACAGAGCCUGGAGCGGGCUUAGUGGGCUGACCAUUGAUGGCAAAGGCAACACCUCAAGUGACGUUACAGAUGUCGACGUGGAUUUCUCGGGUGAAUACCAAGACUUUAAAGGCCCUCUGGGACUGAGUCUCCUCCACAAUGUGCCGGAACCCGUCGUCGAUUUCAUCUUCAUCCACGGCCUGGGAGGUGGUUCGCGGAAAACAUGGUCCAAAUCCCCAGACCCUUACCAUUACUGGCCCAAGGAGUGGCUAUCUCGAGAUCCAGAAUUUAGCUCCGUUCGGGUCCACAGCUUUGGGUAUAAAGCGGACUGGGCAGAACGGAAGUCAAGUUUCUUGAAUAUUCAGGACUUCUCCCUGGCUCUGCUCGGUGAAAUUCAGUGCAGCCCUGAGAUUAGGCGAAGCAAUGCAUAUAUCUUAGCCCGGGAAGAUCCAACCUUGAAGGACAUUGCUAGCAGGAUUGAUACCCUUUUCUUCUUGGCGACACCACAUCGUGGGGCUGAUCUGGCAGGAACAUUGACCAAUGUUCUGAAGGUAUGUUUCGGUCAGAAGCAUUUUGUGACGGAGUUGGAACGCAACUCAGCGUCGCUUCAAUCAGUCGACGACAGCUUCCGCUAUUUCGCGCACGAUCUCCAACUGUGGUCAUUCUAUGAGACCCUCCCAUCCAGCCUACCCCUUGGCAAUGCAAUUAUCGUCGAGAAAGAACCGGCGACUCUUGGACUUCCAAAAGAACGGGUGUUCCUUCUGAACGCCGACCACCGAGCAAUAUGCAAAUUUGAAAGCCCAACGGAUGCCAACUAUAAGACCCUGAGGAACGCGUUCAUCACUACCAUUGACUCGAUUCAGGCCGCAGUCCCCCAGCAUACAUCCGAUACGUCCAAGUCCGACUACGCCAACCUCAUCGCCCUAACCGGUGUGAGCGAGGCCCCUAUCGAUAAUCUUAUAGCCCUAGAAGACCGCCGUGUUGCGGGAUCAUGCGAAUGGCUGAACUCGAGAGAGGAAUACAUCACGUGGAAAUCAGCACCAUCCACGAGCCGGCCGAUAUUUUGGCUGACAGGCGACGCAGGGAGCGGCAAGUCCGUGCUAUCCAGCUACGUAGUAAACGACCUCGAAGAAAACGGCGAUCAAUGCAGUUACUUUUAUUUCAGCCAAGGCAGUGCUAACAACUGUUCUAUUACGAGAUGUCUGCUCUCGCUUGCUUUCCAAAUGGGCCAACAAGAUGCAGCCGUUCUCCGGAAUUUGUCGAGGUCCUACGGAGGGUCACAGAGUCUGGAGCAGCUGGACGAGAGAACCCUGUGGCGGAAAGCGUUCCUGGGGUCUAUUUUUACCAGCCACAGCGUUGGACCGCAUUAUUGGGUCAUUGAUGCAAUUGACGAGUGUCGAAGGCUCCCUGUUCUUCUUUCGCUGCUGUCCAAGGCACCAUCGCAUUUGCGUAUUUUCCUGACGAGUCGUCACACAACUGAAGUGCACCAGAGUAUUCUCUCAAACAGUCAGAUGGUUGAGCACUAUUCUAUGCAAGAACAGGACACUAUCGCUGACUUGGGGAUCUAUAUCGACUCCAGGAAACAGUUUCUUCCAGUCGGUGACAACGACGGCCAGCAGGUGUUGAAGACCAAAAUACUAGAACGAGCCGGGGGGUCUUUUCUGUGGACUUCCCUCGUGGUCCAAGAGCUCGAGAGCGUAUACUCGGAGGAGGCAGCGGAGGAAGUCCUCAACGAGGUGCCCGCGGAUAUGAACGAUCUGUACGCCAAAAUGUUAGCAAGCGUACCGCCAAAGGGCCUUAGACUGGCGAGGUCGCUUUUCAUUUGGACCCUGUUGGCAAUGCGACCAUUGUCCCUGGACGAGUUGAAGACAGCCAUCAAGUUGGAUACAGGCGAGACUGUCCACAAUUUGCCGAACGUGAUCAUGGCGAUCUGCGGACAGCUGAUCGGGGUGAGUUACAAUGGCCAGGUUCAGUGCAUCCAUCAGACUGCAAAGACGUUUCUCCUCCACCAAGAUGUCGUGCCGUCUUUAACAAUCAAUAAAUCAAAGGCCCACUCCAGAAUCGCAGAGUUGUGUCUCAGGUCCUUGAGCGCGAGAUUCAGCAAGAGGGCUGGCCGGGGGGCUAGGACACCAGCAGCGUCAUCAGCAUCAGAGUCCGAUAUUGCAGACUAUGCUGCCUUGUACUUUUCCGACCAUUUGCAACGAUGUGCAUCAGAAGAUUCUACUGCUUGGAAGCUGUUGGCAGAGUUCCUAGAGAAUCAUGUGCUGAUGUGGAUCGAGUACCUGUCCCAAACAAGAAGACUGCAGCAUUUAACGCGCACCGCAAAGAACCUGAAAGCCUACCUCAUGCGCCGUCUCAAGCACAUCCAGCCUUUUUCAAACGAGAAGGAGAACCUAGAAUCAUGGAUUCACGAUCUCAUCAGACUCAAUGCGAAAUUCCGGGCCCCUUUGACAGUCUGCCCGUCUGUCAUUCAUAGCGCAGUCCCCGCGCUUUGUCCCUCCGAGUCAGUAAUCUCGAAGACCUACGCUGCACGCCCUCGGGGAAUUAUUUUGCGAGGCGCUAGGGAGGCAAACUGGGAUGAUUGUUUAUCCAGGAUUGAGUAUUCUGAGACGCAGACCAGCGCCGUUGCUUACGGUGAUCACUAUCUAGUAGUCGCAGUGUCGGACGGAACGAUAUUUCUGUACCCCCGCGACUCGACAGAGCCUAGCAACACGCUUUCUCAUGGCGAGCGAGUACUAAUUCUCGUUUUAAGCAAUGAUGGCUUGUACCUUGCGUCGAGUGGCCCGCGAACCAUCCGAGUCUGGGACACUCAGACGCAGACGCAGAUUCGGAGUUUCGACGUUCAGCACCGCCCCCUUGCGCUGGCUUUUGCGGAUGAAAAUACCUGUCUGGUGGCAGUGACCAGCGGAAGCUAUACGAUGUCAUGGGACCUGCAAAGUGACGAAAACGAGGAAGAAGUCUGGCGGUGGGCUAGCAGUUUCCACGAAGCAACGGGCGAAGCGAAGCCCGUCCAACCCCCAGGAAAGGCCAUCCUGUCGGAAGACUGCACCGUUCUUGCCGUGAGCUACAGAGGAAAGCCAAUCUAUCUUUUUGACAUGAAAUCGGAGUCAAUGAUUGGGUCCUGCAACAGGUCUUCUGCUGGCGCCAAAGGAAGCCAAUACGUCGUUGACGGCAUGGCCUUCAAUCCGAAUCCCGAGAUCAAUGUUCUGGUAGCGUCAUACGGAGACGGAGGGAUAGCCGUAUUCGAUCAAUGGACCGCCGAGCUAUGCUACCAAACGCAGGAUGUGUUCGCUCAUACCCUAGCCUGCUCGCCGGAUGGACGCAUGUUGAUCACAGGAAGCGCGCGGGGCACGAUCCAGCUGUUUGAAUUUUCCGGUGCGCGAGGCACAAACCUGACACUGACGUAUCGGAUCAAUGCCUUUGAGGACGGAAUCCGCGGUAUUGCAUUUAGCAGCGACAGCCUGCGCUUCGCUGAUAUUCGAGGCUCCCAGUGUCGCAUAUGGGAGCCGAGUGUGCUUGUCGCUAACGACUUUGACGAGGGCAGCCAGAGCGAUCUUAGCCAGGCUGUUACGCUCAAUCCACGCUCUGUCGGUAUGCUCGAGGGGCCCCCGGAGGCCGAUAUCACCGCUGUUUGUCUGCAUCCCAGUGGGCAAUACCUGUUUUAUGCAAAACAGGACGGCACCGUGUCGUAUUUCGAUGUCCCGGGUGCCACUCAUCGCGGAGUUCUCUAUCAGCAUGCGCAGAAUAUUAGAAUCAAUUGCAUUGCGUACUGCGAACAUGCUGGUCUGCUGAUUACCGGGGACGAAUCCAGUCGGAUUCUGGCGACCCAGAUCAAGUCUACGUCUAGUGGCUGCGAGCUGGUUUCUACAGUCAUUGACAUGCGCUCAGAUUAUCCCGUUUUAACCGUGCUUGUCAACAGCAGUGGCACUAGGCUGUUUGUUCAAGGAAGGGACUCGGCUCAGGUGUGGACAAUGUCCGGGUCGAAAACCGACACGAAGUUUGACUUGCGGUCCAGCGACGAUUCCACUUUCUUAAACCAUCCUUUACAGCCCGAUGUUUUCUUAUCCAUUAGCCCUAAUCAUACCGCAGCGUACACCUGGGAUGACUCGAAAGAGAAUGACACUACAGCACGUCAGGGUACACACGACUCCACAUCCCCAGAUGUGGCACAUCUAACUACCCCUCAAAAACACGUUGCCAUUCUCAGCACAUCGCACGACAGUACGGAAAAGAACCAUCCCUACGAACUAAAAAUAUGGGACGCUUCCCAGAUAUCCACGAACGGAGACUUUCCCGACCCCCUUGCCCUUCCUGACUUUGAACAUAUAUCCGCCAACAUGCGCCAGAUCAUCCAUGUAGACAAGAGUCUUAUGAUAUUCUUGGAUAAAGAUUUAUGGAUAUGCAGCGUGGACAUCACGCAGUGGGCUGCGCACAAACAGGGCGCAAAACGACACUUUUUCCUCCUGUCGGAGUGGAAGGGCAGCACGCACGACUUUUUGAUCGAAUAUAUUCCCUUGAGACGGGAGUUUGCCAUAGUCCGAAAGCACGACAUUCUCAUCAUUCGACGGGGUCUCGAUGUGGGGACUCCGUUAGACUAAUGCACUAUACAAUCUUUUGGAAAGAUGUCUGUGCCAUUGGUGCGGGGGAACAGUUGAUACGCUAGGCUAGAUACAUACAUACAAUGAUAGAAAUGCGUCC